AUGCCGGGUACGGAAAGUUGCUCUCAACAGGUCGAAACAUUUUCAGGAAAGCUCCAUUGCCAGGUCAGUACUUCUUUAAAUUUGAUUACAAACUAUAUUGAUAUUCUUUUGAAGGACGUGGACGUUCUAAUAGCCCCUGCGCCUUGUUUGGAGCAAAUUAAAUCUGGCGCAAUUUUAGGCCAAGGUUAUCUUUACAAAGAACCAACUUAUGAUAAUCAGCGAACUUCCAUUUCUGAUGGGAUAAGCUCUCGAUCUUAUUCUGGAGACUCCGAAGCUAGGCACGAGCAACUACGGUAUUACGAAUCCGUCUUACGGGGUCAGAGGUUGCAGCUGUAUGAUCAAGCCGAGAAGCUUGUUGAAAAGUUAAUGUCUUUGCUAGAUACCGGUGUUUUACUUGGGAUAAUGCCCAGCAAUCCACAUCUCCUUCAUCUUCUAGCAAGUGCGCACGCAGAUAUACAGUCCAGAGGGAAAAUGGAGCUUGGAGGAUGA